UUUCUAUGCCUCGUAAUAGAUUGAGUAAACAAAGAACCUGUGAAAAUUUAAAAGCUUACAAAAUACAACAAAGCAAGUUCGUUAGAGUCGCACUCUCAUUAUGGAAUUCUUGAUAUUAACUUUGUCAUCAACACUAACAAGUUUUCAAGAACGGUAGAGCCAUUGUUUACUGACAAGUUUCAAACCUUCUCAAGUAUCAUACUUGUUAAGAACUAAGGACUAAUAAAAAAUCACAGUCGCUGUGAAUUUUCUACAUUUUUGAGAAAUAUCACAAUGACAAUUUAUGCUGCCCCGUGGAUGCAUACUUGCUCAGACAGACCACUUUUUACACCCUGUUGAGGUUGCUAUUGAAAAGUAUAUACAUCAUCCAAGCAUACAAAAUAUCAAGGAAAGGGUAAAAUAUCUCUCUCUCUCUCUCUCUCUCUCUCUCUCUCUCUCUCUCUCUCUCUCUCUCUCUCUCUCUCUCUCUCUCUCUCUCUCUCUCUCUCUAUCUAUCUAUUUAACUUGCAACCAGUCAUCUUGAAAGCAAGAUUUGCCCGCAUGAGGUUGUGAAAGACUAGAAGCUGACGUCAGUUGAUGGAACUGCAAAGUGCAAAACAAGUCCUGUGUUCUGCAUCUCGUUAGUGUUAAGGCACUAUGUCGUGUUAGUUAACCGUUCUGCGAUACAUUGAGACUCUUGCUUUUUGAUCAGGUACGUAUCAAGAAGUCUAUUGAAUGCUCCAAACGAGAGAGAUUUUGAUGUGGUCAUCGGGAGACGAUUUAUUGUGGGAAGACGAUUCUAGAUUUUUUAAAGGGCUGUGAUUUUUUUCAAUUUGCAUGAACCAAUGAUAAAAUGCAUCAACCUUAUGGACAAAGUUUCAAUCUCAGUAGUUAUAUAUCAUAAUUGUAGCAUAUAAACAAGUUUCAUUUUCCUUCUCCUCGCGACACUCUUUCUAGAUUUUAUUCGCCUAUUGAUUCGAGACUUGCUUAUUCCAACAUGUGCCCUGAUGUUCCUACCACAGAAUCUAUUAUGCGAAGUGAAAUCAACGUCAUCAAUUUUAACUGCGUUUGUGCAAAUAAUGUAAAAUUUUGAAAGCCAAUGGAACUUCAAACAAAUGCUGGCCCGUCUCCCCGGCCAUUCAAAAACAUUUCAUUGUUUUCGAUCUAUCAAACAUAAAUUCCAUGGAGAACACAGCUUUUGUUUGCUGUCAAUAGGAAAACCAGGUCUAUUAGAAUAUUAUUUGUUUGCCAUUUUUGUUAAAUACCCUGAGUCAUAGCACUGCUGCAUUGGACCAUUGCAGAAUGAAGAUGCUGCAUCUUGCUGUAUUUUGCCUCUGCACGACGCUGGUGCUUGGAAACGAGAUUGUUUACCCAUUUGCUGUAAACAAUGGAGCAGAAAGAAGAGAAUUGUUCACUGGCAAGAGUCAGAGUGGUGCACCUCACGCCGAUGAAGUGGUGUUUCAGUUGGACAGAAAAGACGGCCCGAUGAUUCUAGAGAUGAAAAGAAAUGCUGGAUUUCAUGCAAAGAAAAUUGUAAUGAGAACAUUUGAAGACGAUGGAACGCCAAAGAUUGAAAAGCAUUCACCUGAUGGUUGCUAUUACAACGGAAAAGUAGCUUACAAAGAUGACUCAAAUGUUCUAUUGGAUACAUGUGAUGGAUUAAGAGGAACAAUUGAAGAUGAAGGCAAAGUCUUUAGCAUCGAGCCUCUCGAGAAUGUAAAGGUCACUGGUGCUCAUGUUAUUCGUGAAGUUGUGCCUGAAAAAGAUGAUCUCAGCAAACGGAUGCUUGGAAUCAACCCUUUCAAUAAUGAUUUUGUGGAAGUGGAGAAUGAUGAGAGUUAUGACACUGUUUCGGCGACGAUGGAUAAAGCGAGUGAUGAGCAAAUAGUUUCAAAGCUCGUUCCAGAUGUUGAUCCUGUUUAUGCCAAGUAUCCUGCUACCAACAAGACACGCUAUUGUGAGAUGGUCCUGGUCAUUGAUAAUGCCAUUUAUGUUAAGUACAACAGAAGCAAAGAAAUGGUUCUUUCAAGAAUGUUGAGGAUGAUGCAAGCAGCAGACAGAGUAUUUGCAGCUAUCAAUGUUCGCCUCGUUUUGGUAGGCAUAGAAAUAUGGACCGACAAAAAUAAGAUCCCUUACCACGUUUCUGGUGGUGGGCAGUUGACUUUAUUUAGAGAGUAUGUAAAAACGAACAUGGCUAGCCUUGUUAGGUGUGAUGCUGUACAUUUUAUGAGUGUUAAAGGAUGGGAAGGAUAUGUGGUGGGGACGGCUUAUGUUGGAGACAUUUGCGGCAGCCUUCCCGCUACUGCCGUAAACAAGUGGGUAUUCCACACUUUGACUGGGACCCAUGAUGUAGUUACGCAUGAACUUGGUCAUAAUUUUGGUUUUGGACAUGAUGCUCCAGCUUGUAAAUGUUUGACAUCACGAGGAUGUAUGAUGGGUGGACCAGAAACCCGAAGAGUUGGAUUUUCUGACUGCAACAUGAAGAUUUUCUCGUCAAGAUCAUAUCAUUGCUUAAACAACUACCCAUUCGGAUCAUUGGAUAACGUGUGUGGCAAUGGCAUUAUCGAGGGCUCUGAAGAGUGCGACUGUGGAUCUCCAGAGAUGUGUAAAAAACACGACAAGUGUUGUGAACCGAAUGGAUGCAAACUGAAACGGUCAGCUCAGUGCAGUGAUUUUAGCACUCCUGACUGCUGUGAUAAUUGCCUGUUUAAAUUGCAAGGAACACUCUGUCGCAGAUCGCAAAAGGACUGUGAUCUGCCGGAAUAUUGUCCUGGAAAUGCUGCUACGUGCCCAAAUGACCUUUAUAAGACUGAUGGAUUUCAGUGCAUCGAUGGAGUUUCGAAAACAAUGUCCUAUUGCUACAAAGGCAAUUGUAUGGAAUCAAGAAGCACACAGUGUAAAAAUCUCUGGGACCCAGCCACAAAUUCUGCCCAUGACUCCUGUUGGCAGAAGCUGAACACAGAGGCACAAGGAUUUGGAACCUGUGAUCCUUCGACUAACAAAUCUUGUGCAGCGCAGGACAUAUUCUGCGGGCAGUUGCAAUGCUCUUCACCGAAUUUAUUGCCUUCAAAUGAAAAGUAUGGCACUGUUUACAAACAAUUCAAUCUUAAUGGAAGCGUAUGCAGUGCUGCGAGUAUAACAAUACCAGGCUCUGCAAGCAACGAUGAAGUAGGCGAAGGAAUGGUUGCUGAAGGAACAAAGUGCGGAGAUAAUAAGAUGUGUUCUAAUUACAAGUGUAAAUCAUUUUCGGAGCUGAAUAUCACUUCAUGUGGUCUAGUCAACGGAGUUAGCUGUGCUGGUAGAGGAAUUUGCAACAACAAAGGUAGAUGCCACUGCAAUGGAGGAUAUGAUCCAAAGACAAACUGUGAGAAAGUUUUGACACCUGAUGACGGCAACUGGGGUCAGUGGAAUCAAUGGUCCUUGUGUUCUGCGGCUUGCGCUGGUGGAAGGAGAAGUAGAUCAAGGUUUUGCGACAGCCCUUUUCCGGCACACGGUGGCAAAACUUGUCCGGGCGUAGGAUACGAAGAAGCAGUUUGCAACUCAGAACAAUGCCCAAAGGCAGGAUCAUGCAAACUUUUAAUGGGAAAGUUCAAAGCAAGUGGUAAACAAAUGGUCGAUGGAGUCUAUGAUAUAACACUGCCUGAUGGUUCACUGAUGAAAAUGUAUUGUGAUAUGACACGUGAUGGCGGUGGAUGGACAUUGGUUGUAUCCAGCCAUACAAACGACUGGACAACAUCAGAGAUGGUGAGAGAAAGAAAUAAAGAUCAGCCAAACAUGUACAAAGAUUAUUCCAUACUGAAAUAUGUCGAUCAAAUCAAGGACAACUACAAAAUUGACGAUAAAAAUUUCGAGUAUAGAUUAGAGGCACAUAGAAGAGGGCAGUGGGGUGGCAUUUGGUCAGCUCCUACAUCCUACAGAUUAAACGGCAUGUCCCCUUCACAAACAAAUGUCAUUCUGCUGAAGAGAUUUAACAAUUGGUCAUACAGUGGGAUAGGAAUAGCCCAGAGAAUGCCGUACAUUAUUGGAAACAGGUUAACAAUGCAGACAAACCAAUGGGGGUCAAUUACAGGGAAUAUGACGUGGUAUCACCCAGCACCUUGGAUUGAUGGUCAUUUAAUGGAAAGGAAACCAGAACACAUUUGGUAUUGGAUUCGUGAAGGGAAGCACAGCAUCCCAACUUCAUGCAUGAAAAUAAAGUUACGCUCUCUAACACAUGGAAACAAAGCAAAAUCUGGACUUUACGAGAUACAGAAUUUGGAAGGAAAGAAAGUUUUGAGUACUUUCUGUGAUAUGGAAAGUUUUGGCGGUGGAUGGACACUGGUUUUAAACAAAGUUUCAACAGCUGGUUGGACCAAAGAGUCGACUCUAUCAAGAAACACCGACAAAGCCUCGAAAGAUAAUGAUUAUUCGAUUUUAUUUCAUUCUCAUGAAGUUAUCAAUCUUCGAAAAGAAGAGACUAAAUUUCAGUAUAUGAUUGAGGCUGACGGAGUGAAAAAAUGGGGCGGUGUUUUUGAAGGACACAACAGCGAUGGACUGAUAGCAUGCACCCCGAGUAAAUUUAAGCCACGACUCAUUGAGAAAUUUGACAACUGGGACGAGCAGAAAAGCAAUUUGAUGUCAAGCAAUCCAUAUGUGGUUGACAACCCUGCUUCGUAUUUGACGACAUCUCGAAAAAUAUAUCCUGGAACUGAUGGUGUGCUUGUCUCUGAAACAGACUCUAACUUUAUAAAAGGAUCUAUGGAGAAGCCGAGAUUUGUCAGAUUGUGGAUCCGUGAAGGCUCAAGCCAAGGUUCAUGCAAUCAGAUAAAACUGGGAGGUGAGAGAAACGGUGCAGUGUACAAGUCUGGUUAUUAUACUAUUGAGGCAACUGGUGCUAAUAUUCUGACAGUAUAUUGUGACAUGGAGUCGGGCCCUGGAGCGUGGACUCUUCUGGUCACAAGCACAAGCAACAAAUGGACCGCGUCACAGGUUCUUUCCCGCAAUGAAGAUUUUCCUUCCACCUCGAAUGAUUAUUCAAUCUUACACGUUGCAGACAGUAUUAAGGAUUUAUCAAACAACGCCACAUUCAAGUACAAAUUGGAAGCACACACGUUUAAUCAUUGGGGUGGUAUUUGGGCUGCACCAAAAGAAUACACAUUCGUGAGUAAAUCAAACAAUCAGAACAAAGUUACGUUGUUGACUCAGUUUGACGACUUGCAGAGCAGUGUGAAAAACCGAAUGCCUUGGUUGGGAAAUGGAAACGGGUUGCUGACGACAGCAGAAUAUUCAUCCAGCUACUGGUGGGGAACAAUCGUAGCCAGUAACGAUGAAUACAGACCAGCUCCAUGGAUAUAUCCAAUCAUGAGAAACCCUGGUACAAUCUGGUAUUGGGUUAAUGAAGACGAUUGCGAUCCGGAUCGCAUGCCAGUUGAUGGUAGCCUGACAAAAUGGAGUAGUUGGACACAGUGCACGUCAUUUUGCUCACAAGGAACACAGGAGAGAUCAAGAUCAUGUACUGCAUUGAAACCAAGAUGUGGUGGAGCCGUGUGCGAUCCGAACAAAGCAAGAAGGGAAAUUAGAAAUUGCACCGGAAAGUGCCUGUCGAGUCCAAUUCGUAGCUUCGAUGAAAAUCACUGUGUUCUGCCGGAGACUGGAGGCUGCAGCCCGGAUGACUCUACUGAAUUGAUUUGGAAAAGUGGCAGUGAGAAAUGCGAUCUUCCGGAGGCUCAGUUUAUUUUUGAUCCAAGUCAUGGAAGCUUUGUUCACAAAUGCAGCGGAAAAUCUGUUUGUCCAAAGGGAGACGUUCUGCAUGCAACCCGUUUGCAAAUAAACUCAAAUUGUCCGAAAAUGGCCUUGAAGAAACGAUUUACAAGAACACAGUUUGGAUCAAUUCAUUUCGAUCACGCCUGUAUUCACCCGAUGAAAGCAAUGCCUGAAGACAAUAUGAAGCUGCAUUUCUGGAGCGGCUGUCAUGGAGAUAGGCUGAAACUGAGUCUAUACAAGAUCGAACAUGGUCCAGUUCAUGCAGACGUUUGGUUCAAUCUAAAUUUUGUAAAUUUGCGUAUGACCGACUUUACAAGCGACACAAGAUUUCCAAGCAACCCAACAACAUCUGGAUACUUGGACAAUUUCGACUCUCCUUAUUCUCUUGGCAGUAAUUACGGGUUGCGCCUAUGGAGCUACUUUGCAGCACCAGAGAGUGGAAUGUAUACAUUCUAUGCAGCAUGCGACGACUUUUGUCAGAUAUUCCUCAGUCCUACUGUUUACGAGAAAGAUAAGAAAAAAAUCAUCGAUGUACAAGGCUGGACAUCACCCUAUCAGUAUGACAAACGAUCGAGUCAGAAAUCUAUAAAGAUCCAGCUUGAGGCAGGAAAGCUGUAUUACUUGGAAGGACUUCUCUUGGAAAUGAGUGGUGGUGAUCAUUUGAGCGUUGCUGUCGAUCUUCCAAGUGGAAAGAAAUUGAUCCCGCUUUCGUAUUAUUAUCUGAGAGCCAAGGCUGAGUCUUGAGAUGGUUUACUAAAUUUGGCCAAGAAAUCAUCAAAUGACAUUUCAGAAGUUUCUUUUCAUUUAUCGUUUUCAUUUCUAUUUUAAUUCUUAUUUGGGAGUGUUGAUUGAAAAAGCAAUGUAAUCAUAGAAUAGAAAUGGGUAACUGUUUGAUAUUAUCUCAACAGUAAUUAAUGCUGUAACUUUCAAAACAAGUUUUGAUUGUCACUGUAAAGCCGAUUGGUAAAGAUUAUAAUCAAGAGUUCUAAUAUUGACAUGAUAAAAGUAUUUUUUUCCUCUUACAAA